AUGUUCCCCACUAGAUGCUCAACCCUUGAGGAAGAAAUGGGUAUGCUAUUGCUCAUAGGUACAUUGAUGCCAGCACUAGCAGCUCUCGCAAAUUUAACGCAUAAGUUGCAGCUCGUCUAUUCCCCAAUGAAAUACAUCAUUGAGCGCAUCAUGAUGAUGCAUUCAAUAUAUUCAAGGUGGCAGAUAAGAAUGGCCCUUUUCCCAUCAUCAUCAUCAUCAUUGGAGGCCUUGCUGGCCGAAAAGGAUCAAUGGCUACAAGAUUUCAAAUUCCAUAAAGAGCUCCUCGAUUUUUGCAUGUUGCGACAUGUGACUGUUUUGGAUUUGUAUCUAAGUUGGCAUCCUGUGAAGGUGGAGCAAGGAUUCUAA